UAAAUAAUAGCUUGGUCCUCCAGUCCAGUAGGAGUUUCUGGAAAUAAUAAACCAUCAGUUGCUGGUCAAUUCCUCUACCAUCGUAAAUAUUGUGACUUUUCUCUAUCAUCUACAGCAUAGUUAUAUCUGUACAGAGUAUGGCUUCUUGAAUAUUCCGUCUAGGCGGCGAGAAUGCUUCUUCCGUCCAGCUCGACAGUCAAAAAUGGGCACCAACACGCCGUGACAUCGCUGGUAAAUAAAAUUUAAAAAAAAAAAAAAAACUCGUAGUAAUGUAAUCUCGCUGCCUGGAGUUCUGACAAGUUAGAUUUGGCUUUUGGCCGCCCCCCCGCCUGCACGGCGUAAAUAAACGUUGAAAUCGCCUGCGGACACAUAACGACAUCGCAUCAAAUCCUAUUGGACACAGCGCUAUUCCUGAUCCGGUCUCGUCUGUGGUCGUGGUUUGUCUUUUCUCUUAUAUAUCUCCAGCACGGCGCCUGUCUGUGGUGCAGAGACUGGCUAACGUCCGUAACAUGUCUUCGAUUCUUGUCGUCGGCCUCCGCCCUCCGGUAUUACUUCUCUGUUACUGGAUCCUCUGUUUUUGCUUUUUUCUUUUUUCUUCCAUCUGAUGAAUCCUUCGGCGUUGGGCCUGUCCCAGCAACACAGUCGCUCCACGACUGCUGAGAACUCCCGGCAGUCACUCUCAGUCUUAUCCUCGACACAAGAUUCCCCCGCGAAAGUCGAGACCAAUGAUAGCUAUACUCGGGGCGGGGAUGGAGUUGGUGGAGAUGGUGGAGCGGGUGGCAAUGCGGGAUCGCAGUCGGCGGGAGGUGGAUCUGCCGCACCUCAAGGCGGCAACACCGCAACCACUUCCGCACCUCCUCGCAUACGCCGCCGCAAUCGGAUGAUCACUUCGUGCCUGGAAUGUCGCCGGCGGAAACUAAAGUGCGACAGGCUUCACCCGUGCAGUAACUGUGCGAAAACCAAGCGGGACUGCUUGUUCUUGGCUCCCGCCCUGGACCCGAGCGCUCGGAAAAAGCUUGCUGAGCUCAAGGAAAAGAUGGGCUCGCUGGAGCGUUCUUUAGAACAGGAUGUGGUGGACAGGAAGACUUCGUCCCGGGAGGGACAGGUUGAUUCAAAUACAUUGGGAGGCCUUCUGGAAAACCCGAAUGAGGGACCGAAUGCUAUCCCGGAGGACGAGAAGAACUUGAAGCCAACUUCUCUGGCAGUUCAGGAUGCUGCAUAUGAAGAUGGGUCUGACGAUGACGCUCUCGACCUUGGGUUCAAACUCGGGAAGUUGAGGAUGACGGACCGUGUUGGCGGUUUUUUUCGUCCCAAAAUUGCAGAGGAGGUUACCAUGGCCCUUGGAGAUUUAUCCGUGUCAGACAAAACCACAACUGAACCAAUACCCAAGCCCUCCAGCUUCCCGGGACCAAUUGCUGAGCCCGACGACUCCUUUUUCACCCCGGGACCAUCUUACAUUGCACCGAACUCGGACAUGUUUUUUGGAGGGGGUGGAGAACGGAGGUACUCGCUCGCAGAUUUCCUUCCAUCCAGGGCUGCCGCCAACAGAUUAUUACAACAAUACUGGGAAGCGGUUGAUCCUAUAGCCAAAAUUGUCCAUCGACCUACUUUUGAAAGGCAAUAUGAGAAUUUCUGGCUAGAAGUUUCUCGAGGGCUUGAGCCCGCAAACUCCCUACAGGCAGUUAUAUUUGCCGCAAUGUUCUCCGCUGCAAUAAGUAUGGCAGAGGAUUCGGUCUUAAGCACCUUUGGGGUCACGCAAAAGAAACUCAUAGAAAACUUCCAGUUAGCAACAGCAAUGGCUCUGGGGAAAGCGAACUUCUUGAAGACCACCAAAACCCAGACGCUCCAGGCUUUGGUGAUGUAUAUGAUUCCCAUGUGUCGAGCAGAAGUCUCGCGUGCCCAUUCGGUUCUUGUAGGGACUGCCAUUCGUUUGGCUGAGUGUAUGGGAUUCCACCGUGACCCAGAAGAAUAUGGUCUUGGGCCCAUUGAGACUCACGUUCGGAGGAUGAUCUGGUACCAUCUAUGUUUUCUGGAUAUUCGGACAAGCGAAUCACACGGGCCCCGUCUUUCCAUCCGCAGAGAGAACUUUUCCACCAAGUUCCCUCUAAACAUCGAUGAGAAGGACCUAUGUGUCCCAUCACCCGUACCACUUACUGACAAAUCUCAAUGGACAGAUAUGACCUACAUACGAAUCCGUUUCGAAUGUCAUGAGUUGCAACGGAUCAUUAACGUGGACAGGCUCAGAAUAGAGAAGAAGGGAGUAAGCUUGACACAUGUAUUGGGGAAGAUUGAAGCAUUCCGUCAGGCUGCAACAGCGAAGUUUUGCCCUCUAUUUCAAGUUCCCAAUCCAAAACCGAUACAAAAGGCUGCUCAGCUUCUUCUGUCGUUUUAUCUCAAUCGUUCAUACAUCGCAUUAUUGCAUCGCUACCAUAACAGCAUGGACCUGGUUGUUCCAGAUCGCCUAAGGCAAAUCAUAAUAACAAGUGGUACGCAACAGCUGGAGGAUGCGAUUGAGCUCGAAACAAACUCAGAAUACACACAGUGGACAUGGUCUCUAGGCGCAUUCAACCAAUGGCACACUGCCUUCCUACUCCUCGUAGAAGUUCACCAACAUCCGCUGCGCAAGGAAUCCGAUCGCAUCUGGCGAUGUUUGUACUAUGCUUUUGAGACGACACCUUCCCCCUACGAACCUGGACAAGAGAAGUACUCAGCGAACAACAGACAUAAACUCUUGGUGCAUCGGGAUCGAAAAGCCCGCGAGAUCCUAGGCCAAUUACAGCAGAGAAUGGUUCAUUAUCGCGAGAGAAGAAAACUUAGAAUUCCUGUCAGCAUGCAGGGUACGCAGGAAGCGUCGAAUCUCCAUGCAAGGCCUAGUGUUCGGAGGCUAGAAGGAGUGAAAACAUCUGAAUCUAGUCAGCCACCGAGACAUGAAGGGCAGUAUAUCUCUGUCACUUCAACCCUUGGCGGCCCUCAAACUGCGCCUAUCACUAACCAAACGCUAUUCCCACCCUCCCAAUCACAUGCUCUACCAAUGACAGCUUAUCCGCAGAGAAGUGAGCCAUACCAGCAACCAAACAUGCGUAACCCACCCACGUCAAUGUCACAGUGGCAGCCGCCACUGCCGCUGCCGCAGCAACAGCAGCAACAGCAGCAGAAGACAUCGCCACCACCUCAGUUCCACCAUCUCCCAGCCUAUUCAGAAACACCUUCGCAAGCUCAAUCUGGCCAGUUCUUUUAUGGACCGCUGCAGUCACUCCAUAAUCCCCACUGUAUGCCUGAUUAUGCUCAACGCCUCGCCCGGGGCCAGAGUCUCGACUCAGAGGCCACUUCCGAAGAUUCUGGCUCGUCAAGGUUGUGGUUCCUUCCCGGCGCUGCGUCUGGAAGCGCCGGAUUGGCUCCUCCGCCACCCCCUGUUGGUGGAAUGGCGAUGGCUGGUGGUCAAGGUUUCACCAAGGGUGGUACUCAGGAGGAUUUGCCAAUGCUAGAUAUUGACUGGAAUGAGUGGGAUAAACUUUUCCCUCCCGAAAUUAAUACCGGCGACCUGAAUCUCCCAUAUCCACAAGCACCCAUAGGAGAAUCUUCCCCACUCAGCAACUUUGAUACCUCAGAUUCUGGGUUCGGAGACCAGGGCUAUCAUCCGUACUCAUACGGUUCCUAGGCGGCUGGGCUACCUUUCCAUUUCGCAACAACAACACCCGCCCUAAGCACCUGUCCACCGGCAAGCCAACGAAAUAGCCAUCCAGAAACCCUCCACUUGGUGAAGCCUUUCAGGCCCAGUGCGCUCAUCUCCUGUAUUCUCUUUUCAAAAAACUGCGCGAGCCCGGGAAAUACAUCUUCCGUAAUAUCUUCUAUCGUGAUGUGUUCAGGCCCAUAGCCAGCCUUUUCUACCAGGCGUUUAUAUUCGGCUAUGGUUACGAAAUUUGAAAAUGGAGCAGACAGGGCCGGUGUCAGGCACCGGAGGGCGAACGUAUUUAAGCUCCUUUUAACUGUUUCGAGUGGUGAUGAGGAGUGCGACUUUGGCGGCAGAAAGAGGUCAAAUGCGAGUAUGGUUGCUUGGAGGGUGGAAUAUGAAUAUUCGAAUAGCUCCUGUCUUGAGGGAUUGAAAUGGUAUAACGCAUCGAGGCCAAGGACAUAGCGCUCUUCAGCUGGCUUUUCUCCCCCAUCAUCUCCCCCCCCCUCCUCGGCAUACUCGCCUUUUCUAAACGCAGUCGAGAUAGAUCGCUGAAUUUCCUCCGACCAUGCAUGUGGUUUCGCUGCAUCUCCGCAGAAGAGUUCGACAACCCCGCCUAUCGGCUGCUUCCUUCUUUUGCCCCAAUCCUGCGAGGAGCCACUGUCUUUAUCCGCAGAGGUAUUGCAGUUCCUUGCAGCUUCCGCUACCCUGGACUGUGCAAAUGCACAUUGCAUCUUCUCGAGGGUGAUACCGAUGUAGUGCUGAAAUAACGGCGUGGUUUCUACAUCAUCCUUCUCAUCCUUCUCAUCAUGUGAAAUUAACCCAGCCGCUUCCCCAGAACCACCAUGUGCCUUGCGAACGGCCGCUUUUUCCCUCAUCAGAUACAAAGUCUGUUCACCACACCCAAAUCCAACAUCUAGUAUAACCCUCCUUACUCCGCUUGUUGCCGUCUUUUUAUCGGUGUUCCGCUCCCUUCUUUGGGAUGUAUGCGUGGGCCGACUAUUUGUGCGCGACGGGUAGUCCACACCAGUGGCACUGGCAACCAGACUGUCAGCGUUGACAGCAACGUUUGUCGAAUCCCCAUCGUCAAAACCUGCUGUUUGCAGGAUCUUAUCCAACAAUGCGCGACAGGCGCCUGGGAAAGAAUUCGUGUUCUUUUUCAUUUUUAAACUCAUGUUAAAGGAGAGGGAUUAGUAAAUUUUUGGCACACAUGUUUUGAUUAAUUAGCCUUUCUUUUUGGAUUUUUUUUCUUUUCUCUUUUAUUCACUUGGCCAUCGUAACAUUUGGGUAUACAUAGAAGGAAGACAUUUUGUUUCUAGGGGGUUUGGGGCUAGCAAGGGGCUAGAUAUCUAUGUCGGAAAAAAAGUCCAGCAUGAAAUUAGGCAACUAGAGUGGGAAAAUUAUUUUCAACAGGGUGAUGUAUAAACAUUUGCUCUUGACAAUAGUCAAUUAUCUGAAGGCAUAUAUAUAUGGGCUAUGGGCUAUGGGCUAUGGGGUAUAAAGAAUAAAUAAAAAUAAAUAAAAUAAAAAUGGAAAACGAAAAGAGAAGAGAAGAAAAGGGAAGAAAAAGGGAAACCUACCUUCCAAUAUCCCAUGUUCAUCCACAUCUCCUCCGGCAUCAGGCUGGGCAAAUUCA